AUGGUGCAUCCAGAGCAAAGCAAUGAUGAUAACCUCAUGCUGGACCUGCGCAAGUACAUCCUGGUGAUGGCCAUCCUGGCGGCGACGGUGACCUAUGUCGCUGGGCUCAACCCGCCUGGAGGAGUCUGGCUGAGCAGCAAGGACGGCUACCUCAUCGGCAACCAGAUUCUUGUGGUGACGGACCACCCCCGGUACAACGCCUUCUUCUACAGCAACGGGGCCGCAUUCAUGGCGUCGGUCGUGGUAAUCCUCCUCCUCCUCCUCGUGGAGCAGAGGGAGAAUGCCGAAAAAGGCUCCUCGCCCCGCUUUAUAGAUAAAGCAAUAACCACGCGGUGGUGGCAGAAUCCCAAGCCGCUCAUCCUCCUCGCGCUGAGGGUGGUCAUGGCGCUGGACAUGCUCGCGCUCAUGGUGGCAUACGCUGCAGGGGCCAGCCGUGGAAUGGUCACAACUGUCUUCUCCUCCGUGCUGGUAUCUGUUGUCUCCAUCUAUGCUGUGUUUCAUAUGAUCAAGUAUAUCAGCGCAGGAAAACUGGAAGAAAAUGCUGAAGCCAGUGGCGAGGAUAAAAAACUUGAGCGGGCACGUCAGAUUAUGAUGUUGUUUGCAAUUUUUGCGGCAACAAUAACCUACAUGGCGGGGAUGAGCCCCCCAGGUGGCUUCUGGCCGGAUACCCAGGACAGCCACCGUGCCGGUGACCCGGUCCUGCUAGAUGACCACUCACGCCGGUUUGUGGCCUUCUUCGUCUGCAACACCUUUGCAUUCAUCACAUCCCUAGCUGCCAUCAUGCUACUUACAACCGUCACCAGCAAGCUCGAGGAGGGCUCUUACAAGAAGUGGUGCCACCAUGCGCCAUACGUGUGCGUAAACGUGGCAUUGCUUGGCCUUUUCGUGGCCUACGCCAUUGGGAGCUGCAGGAAGACUCGCUCUACCGUCUACUUAUUCAGUCUGGUUCUCCCGGUUCUCAUAUACACCGUUCUCCAGUUCAUGAUCCAGAAAUUCCUGGAGCAAAUAAAAAGACUUCUAGCAUCAUGUUUGAUCGAGAACAAUCUAAGAUCAUGCUGGGGCAGGAAUGACAAUGACCAUGAGAAAGACAACCGGCUGAAGAAGGCCCAUUCUCUCGUACUGCUACUUGCAACCCUUGCCACGACCAUCACCUACCAAGCGGGGAUGAACCCACCGGGUGGCUUCUGGCCCGACAACCGUGACGGGCACAAGGGAGGUGACCCGGUACUUGUAACCACGCAUGCUAGACGCUACAGGGUGUUCUUCUACUGCAACUCGGUCGCCCUUGUGACUUCCGUAGUUGUCAUCGUCAUGGUCCUGAGCAAGCAUGUGACAUCAAGCGUCGUCCACAAGCGACACGCCCUGGAGGCUGCCAUGAUACUAGACCUGCUCAGCCUCAUGGCUGCGUAUGCAGUCGGCUGUUGCCGGGAUGUAACCACCUCCCUCCACGUCAUCGCUCUGGCUGGUGCAGUAUUGGUCUACGUGGUGAUCCACAUCGUCUUCUUCACGCUAGAUCCUAAGGUCAGGCCGGAGGAGGAGAUGAACAAGAAACACAAGCUGCUGCUGCUGCUAGCCAUCUUGGCCGCAACCAUCACUUACCAAGCUGGGUUGACCCCACCUGGCGGCUUUUGGGGUGAGGACGACGGGUUUGGUCAUAGAGCAGGUUAUCCUGUCCUCUUGAGUAACUACCCUCGCCGUUACACAACGUUCUUCUACUGCAACGCCACGAGCUUUAUGGCAUCCAUAGCCAUGAUCAUCCUCCUUGUGAAUCCGAACCUGUACACACCCGGCAUAAAUUGUUAUGCACUCUAUGUGUGUGCUCUGGCGGGCUUAUUUGGCCUCGUGGGUGCCUAUGUCGCAGGAAGCUCCCGGCAUGUGCGGACAUCCAUCAUUGUGGUUGCAUUGGUUGCUGUGGUGUUCGUGUUUGUCAUCUUACUGCUUAUAGUGCUGAAGCAGAAUAAAGAUCCCAAGCCUACAAAGAGCCAGGUAGAUGAAAAGGGCACAGAAGAAAAAAAUAUCCAGGAAGAUGGAAAGGGUACAGAGGAAAAAAUGAUCCAGGAAGUUGAAAAGGGUACAGAAGAAAAAAAUAUCCAGGAAGAUGAAGAGGGUACAGAAGAAAAAAAGAUCCAGGAAGUUGAAGAGGGUACAGAAGAAAAAAAGAUCCAGGAAGAUGAAGAGGGUACAGAAGAAAAAAAGAUCCAGGAAGAUGAAGAGGGUACAGAAGAAAACAAGAUCCAGGAAGUUGAAAAAGGUACAGAAGAAAAAAAGACUCAGGAAGAAAAAAAGCGUACUAUUAAAGAAAAAAAAGAAUACACCAAGGGAAAGUAUUUGAUGCUGGUGGGCAUCUUAGUGGCGAGUGUCACCUAUCAGGCCGGCCUUACUCCACCCGGCGGAGUGUGGCCGGACAGCAGCAAUGGGCACACGGCUGGCGACUCGGUCCUGCAUGACAGCAACAAGCACCGGUACCGUUUUUUUUUCUACAGCAACUCCAUUUCCUUCCUAGCGUCGGCCAUCGUCAUCCUCCUACUCCUGCUGGACAAGCCACUGUUUUCGGAGAAGGGACUCCUAGGCAUGAAGAGCAAGGAGCUGCUCCGAGUAGCGCAGUCUUCGGUUGUGCUGGCCUUGCUUGGCCUCCUUUGGGCAUAUGCCUCUGGCUGCAGCCGCGAGUGGGAGACAUUUGGUUACAUUGGCGCACUUGCCUUUGCCGUGCUGCUCUACAUUGCCAUCCAUGUGGUACUAUCGUGCCGUGACAAGAAAGACGAGUCUCCUGCCAAGCAAUGCAAUUGCAAAUGCAUAUGUAAAGCCGGUGGAGGAGCACUGGAGGGAACUAAAGUUGGGGCUAACAAUGUUUAGGGAUCUUCUGCUCACAUGUGUAUCUCCUUUGUAUGUACC